GCUGAAGGAAAUGAGAGGAUUUGCUGGGAAUGGAGCUCAUUUUCUACCUGAUGGGUAAAAAUAAAGGGCCGGUUUUGUCUCUGAAAGCCGGUUUUAAAUGACUCCGUGUCCCUGCUAGGGUUCCUGGGUGGCUGCGGCUUCGUUUUUACACGGGAUUACCUGUAAAGCCCCUCAGCUCCAUUCACACUGCAGGGCUGGUUUGGUUUAAUUAGCGCCGGGUGCUAAUCCCGCAGGUUGGGUUUUAAAAGGCUCCGGCUGCGGCUCCGGCUGCGGCUCCGGGCAGCAGGUCAGACUGACCGCCUUCACUCUCUCACACACACACAUGGCGGCCCACCGCUCAGGACCCUCGGCCUUUACCAUCGCCAGCAUCCUGGGGCUGAGCAGACCAGAGCAGAGGAGCAACAUGAGCAUCCCGUACCGACCGUGGGCAGACGUUCCAUCAACACAGAACUGUCACACUGUAACGGCUGACGGGUCGCUGGAAGUGGCAGCCGAGGAGGAGAAAAGCGCAAUCACAGCUCCGGUGGAAAGCUGCAGACGAACCCUCAACUGGUAUAUAGGACGCAGGCCACGCACAGCUUUUUCCAGCCUACAGAUAGAGAUUCUUGAGAGUGUGUUUCAAGUGAACUCCUACCCUGGAAUUGAUCUGCGGGAGGAACUUGCUCAGAAACUGCAUCUUGAUGAAGACAGAAUACAGAUCUGGUUCCAGAACAGAAGAGCGAAGCUGAAGCGAUCGCAUCGAGAGUCACAGUUCCUCAUGGUGAAAAAAGUCAUCUCUGGGCUCCAAGGCAGAGAUCAACAGUGACUAUAAUAACUCCCCUCAUUACUGUUCCUUAUAAUAUUGUAAUAUAUUCUAUUGUGACUCCUUCGGUCUGCAAAGUGGUGUAUUUAAAAUUGUUUGUCUUCAUAACUUAAGUGCUUCUUUUUGUUUUGUGGAUUAAUUAUGCAGCUAAUUAUUAAAGAAAUACAUGGUUUGACAUUA